UUACUACUUAGUUUAGGCAGUAGGGAGUUUCUCCUGGGGUCUGGAUUGGAGAUACGGAAGACCGGACCCUGCCUUGUAUGACUGGAGUCUAAAGGAACAAAAAAACUUUCCCCUCGCCUCAAAGAGUCUACAUGUCUAAUAUUUAGACAUGUUCAGCUUUGUGGAUAUUCGGCUAGCUCUCUUGCUGGCUUCAACGGUGCUUCUGGCAAGAUGUCAAGGCGAGGAUGAUCGCCCAGCUGGUAGCUGCACGUUGGACGGCCAGUUGUACAACGACAAGGACGUAUGGAAACCGGAGCCCUGCCAGAUCUGCGUGUGCGACAGCGGCACCGUCAUGUGCGAUGACGUCAUCUGUGAAGAUACAUCUGACUGCCCCAAUCCGGAAAUCCCCUUCGGGGAAUGUUGCCCCAUCUGCCCCGAUGGCCCACAGGGACCUCAGAUUCAGGGCCCCAAAGGCGACCGAGGUGCCAAAGGGGACAGGGGUCUUCCUGGGCUGCCUGGUAAUAACGGCAUUCCUGGCGAACCCGGUCGUCGCGGCGAACCCGGCCCCCCCGGCCUCCCCGGACCUCCUGGCCUUGGUGGAAACCUUGCUCCUCAAAUGUCUUUUGGAUAUGAUGAGAAAUCUGCAGGAGUGUCUGUCCCAGGACCGAUGGGUCCAAUGGGUCCCCGUGGUCCUCCUGGCCCCCCUGGUUCUAGCGGACCUCAAGGUUUUACCGGCCCCCCCGGUGAGCCCGGUGAAGCUGGCUCUCCUGGUCCCAUGGGUGCACGUGGGGCAGCUGGUCCACCAGGAAAGAACGGAGAUGAUGGUGAGUCUGGCAAGCCUGGCCGUCCUGGAGAGCGAGGUCCAUCUGGCCCACAGGGUGCUCGUGGCUUCCCAGGAACCCCAGGUCUCCCUGGCAUCAAGGGACACAGAGGUUUCAGCGGUCUAGAUGGAGCUAAGGGUGAGACUGGCCCUGCUGGACCCAAGGGCGAGCCUGGUGCAGCUGGCGAGAACGGAACUCCUGGCGCAAUGGGUCCUCGUGGUCUCCCUGGUGAGAGAGGCCGUGCUGGUCCUCCUGGUACCGCUGGUGCCCGCGGCAACGAUGGGGCAGCUGGAGCCGCUGGUCCUCCUGGACCAACUGGGCCUGCUGGUCCCCCUGGAUUCCCCGGUGGUCCUGGAGUUAAGGGUGAGUUAGGACCUCAGGGAGCCCGCGGUGCAGACGGACCCCAAGGAGCUCGCGGUGAGCCCGGCAACCCUGGACCCGCCGGAGCUGCUGGGCCUUCAGGAAAUCCUGGUGCUGAUGGUGCCUCUGGUGCUAAGGGCGCCCCUGGCCCUGCUGGUAUUGCUGGUGCUCCCGGCUUCCCUGGACCCCGUGGUCCUUCUGGGCCCCAGGGUGCUGCAGGAGUUCCUGGUCCAAAGGGUAACACUGGCGAGGCUGGUGCUCCUGGUGUGAAGGGAGAGGCCGGUGCUAAAGGAGAGGGUGGCCCCCCUGGAGUCCAGGGCCCGCCUGGCCCUUCUGGAGAGGAGGGAAAGCGAGGCCCCCGUGGGGAGGCUGGUGCCAUUGGAGCUCGUGGACCCACUGGCGAGCGUGGUGCUCCUGGCGGCCGUGGUUUCCCUGGUGCUGAUGGAUCCGCUGGACCUAAGGGUGUCCCCGGUGAGCGAGGACCUGCCGGACUUGUGGGCCCCAAGGGUGCCGCAGGUGAACCCGGUCGGAAUGGUGAGCCUGGCAUGCCAGGAUCCAAGGGUAUGACUGGCAGCCCGGGCAGCCCUGGUCCUGAUGGCAAGUCUGGUGCUCCUGGUCCUGCUGGGCAAGAUGGCCGCCCUGGUCCUCCUGGCUCUGUUGGAGCUAGAGGUCAGCCUGGAGUCAUGGGAUUCCCUGGACCAAAGGGUGCUGCUGGUGAGCCUGGCAAGCCUGGAGAAAAAGGUGUGAUGGGACCGAUUGGCGCUACUGGGGCUCCUGGAAAAGAUGGCGAUGUUGGUGCUCCUGGUGCUCCUGGCCCUGUUGGACCUGCUGGUGAGAGGGGUGAGCAGGGCCCUAGUGGUCCCCCUGGAUUCCAGGGUCUUCCUGGACCUCAAGGUGCCUCUGGUGAGCCCGGCAAGCCUGGUGAGCAGGGUACUCCUGGUGAUGCAGGCGCCCCGGGAGUUGCUGGAUCUAGGGGUGAUAGAGGUUUCCCUGGUGAGCGUGGUGCCCCUGGGGCUACUGGUCCUGUAGGUGCCCGUGGAUCUCCCGGCUCCCCUGGUAACGAUGGUGCCAAGGGUGAAACUGGUGCUCUAGGGGCUCCAGGAGCCCAAGGUCCUCCUGGUCUCCAGGGCAUGCCUGGAGAGCGUGGCGCUGCUGGUCUGCCAGGCCUUAAGGGUGACAGAGGUGAUCACGGUGCCAAGGGCACAGAUGGUGCCCCUGGUAAGGAUGGCAUUCGCGGUAUGACCGGCCCCAUUGGUCCUCCCGGCCCUGCUGGUGCUCCUGGCGACAAAGGUGAGACUGGUCCUGCUGGUCCUCUUGGUCCUACUGGUGCCCGCGGUCCUCCUGGUGAGCGUGGCGAGACUGGUGCUGUUGGACCUGCUGGAUUCGCUGGACCUCCUGGUGCUGACGGUACACCUGGUGCUAAGGGAGAGACCGGUGACAGUGGUGCUAAAGGUGAAGCUGGUACACCCGGACCUCCUGGACCUACUGGUGCCCCUGGACCCCAGGGUGCUGUUGGUUCUACUGGACCGAAAGGUACCCGUGGAGCUGCCGGACCUCCUGGUGCUACCGGAUUCCCUGGUGCUGCUGGCAGAGUUGGACCUCCCGGCCCUUCUGGUAACCCCGGCCCUCCUGGUCCUUCUGGGCCUCCUGGAAAGGAGGGACAGAAGGGUGUCCGCGGUGAAACUGGGCCUGCUGGUCGCACUGGUGAAGUCGGUGCCGCCGGUGCCCCCGGGACUCCCGGUGAGAAAGGUGCCCCCGGUGCUGAUGGCCCCUCUGGCUCUUCUGGCAUUCCCGGGCCUCAGGGUAUCGCUGGACAGCGGGGCAUCGUCGGCCUCCCCGGACAGAGAGGCGAGCGCGGAUUCCCCGGCCUCUCUGGCCCGUCCGGAGAGCCUGGAAAGCAGGGACCCAACGGACCGUCUGGUGAACGUGGACCUCCCGGACCCAUGGGCCCACCUGGGCAGUCUGGUGCUCCCGGUGAACCUGGCCGUGAGGGUACUCCUGGUAAUGAGGGUCCUGCUGGUCGUGAUGGUGCUGCCGGUGCCAAGGGAGACCGUGGUGAGACUGGUUCUGCUGGUCCAAAUGGUCCCCCUGGUCCUCCUGGGGCCCCUGGUCCUGUUGGCCCCGCUGGAAAGACCGGUGAUCGUGGAGAGACUGGACCUGCUGGCGUUGCUGGUGCCCUUGGCCCUCCAGGACCUCGUGGCCCUGCUGGCCCGCUUGGUGCUCGUGGUGACAAGGGUGAGACUGGAGAAGCUGGUGAGAGAGGCAUGAAGGGCCACAGAGGCUUUACUGGUCUGCAGGGACCCCCUGGACCGUCUGGACCCUCUGGUGACCAAGGACCCGCUGGAGCUUCUGGCCCUGCUGGAGCCAGAGGUCCCGCUGGCAGUGCUGGCUCUCCUGGUAAAGAUGGCAUGAACGGUCUGCCCGGACCUAUGGGACCUCCUGGACCUCGUGGUCGUACUGGUGAAAUUGGACCUGCUGGUCCUCCUGGACCUCCUGGGCCCUCUGGACCUCCUGGAGCACCUGGUGGCGGAUUCGACAUGGGCUUUAUUAGCCAGCCAGCCCAGGAGAAGGCACCAGAUCCCUUCCGUCUCUACCGUGCUGAUGAUGCCAAUGUGAUGCGUGACCGCGACCUGGAAGUGGAUACCACCCUCAAGUCCUUGAGCCAGCAGAUUGAAAACAUCCGCAGCCCUGAUGGCACCAAGAAGAACCCUGCUCGCACCUGCCGUGACCUGAAGAUGUGCCAUCCUGACUGGAAGAGCGGUGAAUACUGGAUUGACCCUGACCAGGGCUGUCCUCAAGAUGCCAUUAAAGUGUACUGCAACAUGGAGACUGGCGAGACCUGCGUCUACCCAACUGAGGCUGAGGUGCCCAAGAAGAACUGGUACACAAGCAAGAACGCCAAGGAGAAGAAGCACGUCUGGUUCGGCGAGGCAAUGACUGAUGGCUUCCAGUUCGAGUACGGAGGCCAAGACUCCAACGUCGAGGAUGUCAACAUUCAGCUGACCUUCCUGCGCCUGAUGUCCACUGAAGCCUCCCAGAACAUCACAUACCACUGCAAAAACAGCAUUGCCUACAUGGACCAGCAGGCUGGGAACCUGAAGAAGGCCCUCCUCCUGCAAGGAUCUAACGAGAUCGAGAUCAGAGCUGAGGGCAAUAGUCGCUUCACGUACAGCGUCGCUGAGGACGGCUGCACGUCACACACUGGCACAUGGGGCAAGACAGUCAUUGACUACAAGACAACGAAAACAUCGCGCCUGCCUGUUAUUGACAUCGCUCCUAUGGACGUUGGUGCACCCAACCAGGAAUUUGGCAUUGAAAUUGGCCCGGUUUGCUUCUUGUAAAAAAACAAUUGUGGACUUGAAAUUGUUUUUUUUUUUUCCUAGCAGUUGUCUCUCUAAAAACUUUCCUAUGCAUUAAGAAAACGUAAACUCCAUUUGGCCACAAAUGGUCCACUUGCUUAAAACUGCACUUAUGAAGACGGUGUUUGUGUGUUGUCAGUUUUGGGGGAAAUGGGACCACUAUUUUUUUACCAACAUCUUACAUCAAAGAUACCAAAGACUCAUUCGUGUCGCCCGGAACAAGAAAAUAAUAUAUACGUGUAAAGUGUAAAAUUCCCCUGGAGAAAAAUAAACAGGUGAUUUUUGCAGUUUUUCAUACCAGUGUGGAAGGACAAAAAAAACCAAAUGCUUUGUACCGUUUACAGGUAUUAAAUAAAUUUGAAAAAUGACA